UAACACUUGAACUUGUUUAACUACCACCUCUUGAUUGAUUCCGAAAGUAAUGUCAAAGAGCACUAUUGAAGCAUUGAAACCUUACAAGCCUUUUGACACAUUCAACAAAUUUUGCUAGAUUUCCUGUCUGCAAACGCAAAUCACUUGUUUUCUCCUACAAUUCUUCGAAAGCAUGGCUGCUGAAUUGGUGGGUGGAGCUUUCCUAUCUGCUUUUCUUCAAGUUCUGUUUGAUAGGAUGGCUUCUCCUGAUGUCCUAGACUUCAUCAGGGGAGAGAGACUCAACCGCCAACUCUUCCAGAAGCUGGAAGCUACCUUGCUGUCUGUCAACGCCGUGCUAGAUGAUGCAGAAGGGAAGCAGAUUGUACACCACAAUGUAAGGAAGUGGCUUAACGAGCUUAAAGAUGCUGUUUAUGAUGCAGAGGACCUCCUGGAUGAGGUUGCAACUGAAGCUUGGCGAUGCAAGCUAGAAGCUGAAUUUCAAUCCAGCACAACCAAGGUAAGGAAGUUUUUCUCUUCUCUUAAUCCAUUCAAUAUGAGAAUUGAAUCUAAGCUGCAAGAGAUUCUUGAGAGAGUUGAGUAUCUUGAAAGACAGAAAGAUAUCCUUUCCCUAAGAGAAGGUUUUGGGGAAAAAAAAUUGAGAAAGUUACAGGCCACUUCCUUGGUGGAUGAGUCCAGUGUUUAUGGAAGAGAUGAUGAUAAAGAAGCUAUAAUCAAGUUGUUACUGUCAGAUGAUUCGAGCAGAGAUGGAGUAGGGGUAGUUUCUAUAGUUGGUAUGGGUGGGAUUGGUAAGACCGCCCUUGCUCAAAUUGUCUACAAUGACAACAGAGUGAAGGAAUUUUUUGACCUCAAAAUGUGGGUUUGUGUUUCAGAAGAUUUUGAUGUUUUUCGAGUGACAAAAGCAAUUCUUGUGGCAAUCACUUCUCUGAGUUGUGAGGUUGGGGAACUUAAUUUGCUUCAGGUCAAGCUGACAGAGUGUUUAAUGGAUAAGAAAUUUCUGCUUGUCUUAGACGAUGUUUGGAAUGAAAAUUAUGUCCAUUGGGAGGCCUUAAAGAGACCUUUAACUCAUGGAGCCCAAGGAAGCAAGAUCAUUGUCACAACACGAAAUGAAAGUGUUGCAUCAAUUAUGCGCACUGUUCCAACUUACCAUCUGAAGCAAUUAGCAGAUGAGCAAUGUUGGUUGUUAUUUGCAAACCAUGCAUUUGAUAACAUAAAUUCCAGUUCACAAGUACCAAACCUGGAAACUAUUGGUAGACACAUUGUGAAAAAGUGCCGUGGCCUGCCUUUGGCUGCCAAAACAGUCGGGGGCCUCCUUCGAUCCAAAGGAGAUGUCACAGAAUGGCAUAAUGUGUUGGAGAGCAAUAUGUGGGAUUUACCAACUGGCGAUGGCAACAUUCUUCCUGCUUUAACUCUCAGCUACCAUCACCUUCCUUCACAUCUAAAGAGAUGCUUUGCAUAUUGUGCUUUAUUCCCAAAGGAUUAUGAUUUUGAAAUGGAGAAUCUGGUCCUGUUAUGGAUGGCCGAAGGAUUGUUGCCGCAACGUAGAAGAAAUAAGAGUGUGGAAGAAGUGGGGGUUGAGUACUUCAACAAUCUUCUGUCAAGAUCAUUUUUCCAACAAUCAAGUUGCAAUGGAAAGUGCUUUGUUAUGCAUGACCUCAUUCAUGAUUUAGCCAAAUUUGUAUCCGACGGGUUUUGUUUGCAUUUGGAGGUCGAUGAUUCUAAUGAAAUCCCAAAGACAGUUCGUCAUUGUUCAUAUAUGAGAACUGGUUUUGAUGAUUUCCAAAAGUUCAAUGCCUUUCAUGAAACCAGGUGUCUGCGGACCUUCCUACCUAUGAAACCUUUUUUCUGGGUUGAAAUGCUACCUUAUGAAGUAUAUCAUGAUCUAUUGCCAACAUUAAAAUGCUUACGGGUGUUAUCUUUGUCCAAGUAUGAUAAUAUAAAAGAGUUGCCUAGUACAAUAGGAGAGUUGAAACUUCUCCGCUAUUUGAAUCUGUCUUGCACUGCAAUUGAGAGACUACCAGAAUCCAUCUGUUCUUUGCAUAAUUUGCUGACACUGUUAUUAGCAGAUUGUGGUUCGCUCAAUCAGUUGCCCACCCAAAUGGGAAGACUCGUCAACUUACGUCAGCUUGAUAUUAGUGGGACACUGAGAAUAAAAGAGAUGCCAUUACAAAUGAGUAGAUUGAAAAAUCUACAAGUACUAUCUGCUUUUAUUUUGGGGAACCAUAGUGGAUGUAGCAUUUCAGAGUUGGGGGAGCUCCAGCAACUUCGAGGCAGGCUAACUAUUGUCAAUCUUCAAAAUGUUGCAAAUCCUAGAGAUGCUUUGGAGGCAAAAUUUAAGGACAAAGAGCACCUUACUGAGUUAGUACUGAAAUGGAGUGGUCAUACUCUUAGUACAUCAAAUGAAAGAGAUGUACUGAGCAUGCUUCAACCUCAUAUAAACUUGAAAAAGCUAUCCAUUGAAUCCUAUGGUGGCACAAAGUUUCCUGAUUGGUUAGGGGAUUGUUCAUUCUCAAAUAUAGUGUCUUUGCGGCUUAGCCAUUGCAAAUACUGCUUCUUCUUACCACCACUUGGGCAACUACCAUCACUCAAAAGUCUCUUUAUCAUUGGGCUUGAUGCGGUUGAGAGAGUUGGAGUUGAGUUCUACAGAAACAGUUCAUCUACAAUUAAGCCAUUUAGGUGUCUUGAAGUUUUAUGGUUUGAGAGGAUGUUGGAGUGGCAGGAAUGGCUUCCCUCUGAACAAGAUGCUGAAGGAGGACAUUUUCCAUGUCUUCGGGAGCUUCAUAUACGAAAAUGUCCCAAGCUAAGUGGGAUGAUGCCUAACUACCUUCCUUCAUUGAGAAAAUUAAUGAUCAUUGAUUGUCGGCAGAUCAUGGUUUCACUUCCACAGGCUCCAACUAUCUACGAAUUGCAUUUGGGAUAUUCAAAUAAGGUACUUCUGAAGAAUGCUCUGCCUGGGCUGCACGAGUUUACGAUUAGAGGAUGCAACACAAUAGAAUCUCUACCUGAAGGGAUAAUGCAUAGCCUUUGUUUAGAAGAGUUGAAAAUCGAUGACUGCCCAUCUCUUCUGUCCCUUCCUCAAGAUGUUGUGCUUGCCACUUUGAAAAGACUAGAUAUCAUGAAGUGUAAGAGACUAGAAUUGCCUGCGUGGUCAAGUUAUGCUUCCCUUCAAAGAUUGUUGAUAUCAUACAGCUGCUAUUCUCUAAAGUCCCUCCAGCUACAAUUAUUCCCAAAGCUUACUCAUCUCAUUAUACGGGGGUGUAAACUAAAUUCCCUUUCAGUUUCAGAGGGGCCUAAUCAGGUUCUCCCAUCUCUCGAGUUUCUGAAAAUCAGUUUAUGCCCAAAUUUUUUGUCAUUUCCAGUUGGUGGACUGCAUGCUCCCAACCUCAGAUGCCUUGAAGUUUCUGACUCUGUGGAUCUUAAGUCACUGCCUGAAAAGAUGCACUCCCUUCUCCCAUCACUAAGGUCAUUGCAGAUACGUAACUGUCCAGAACUUGAGUCGUUUCCUGAAGGUGGUUUGCCUUCCAAUUUGCGCUCAUUAUUUGUUUCCUUUUGUAACAAACUCGCUGCUAGCCUCAUGGACUGGGAUUUGAAGAGGCUCUGCUCUCUUAAACUAUUAAGCAUCCAGGGUAAAUGCCAAGGUAUGGAGUCUUUUCCAGAGGAGGGUUUCCUGCCUUCAACUCUUACAUCUCUGCACAUCCUUGAAAUUCCCAACUUGAGAUCACUCAACAACAGAGGACUCCAGCAUCUCACCUCUCUCCAAAAGCUCGAAAUUAGUGGAUGCCCUCAGCUUCAAUCUAUGUCAGGUCCGGAGCUGCCUGAAUCCCUCUCUGUUUUACGAAUUGAGGACUGUCCUUUGUUGAAGCAACGGUUGCAGAAAAACAAGGGAGAAGAUUGGCCCAAGGUUGCUUUUGUCACCGUAAUAGAAAUUGAUGAUGAAAUGGUCAUAUCAUGAGCUAUAUAUCCUUUAUCAGUUGUUAUUUGAACACAAGUUUUUCACUUCACCUUAGGCACUUGAAAUGCACUUCAUAUAAUCUCAUUUCUUUAAAGUGCAACUCGCUAACAUAAUCAAUGUCAGCACAGCUAGGGGUAUGUUGAUUGUUUUGGAGUGAGAGGGGAUUUGUGCUGGUUGUGAUGUUUCAGGUUGAGCUGGUGUUUUUGUCGGCUGUUUUAUUGAUGUUGUCUGGGCUUUGCUCUUGGGGCGGUGUUUUCUU